UCCUGGAACUUUCCUGCUCAGUUCGACCAGUAGUACUAGUACUCCAUGGCUAGCUUCUAUUAUAUAUACAUAUAGAUCAACUCAGGAUAUCUUCAUUGUUCUCAUUGUCUAAGCCCGCAAAUUACCAAUAUUCCCACCUUCCACAAUUAAGCUUCUAAAUCUCUCGCAUUGCAUUCAUGGGCCAAAUCAUCGCCACUCUAGGAAUCGCCACUCUAGGAAUCAUGGCCACUCAAAGACACUCUUCAUCUACUAAUUCCGAGAAUACUAAGAAAAGAAAAAGAGACAAUUCAUCUUGUUCGGAAGAAAAUGAAACCUCUUCCUUACCUUCUUCCUCGACGGCUCGAUGGAAACAUGAUGUUUUCCUUAGUUUCUGUGGCGAAGACACUCGCAGAAGUUUUACGGAUCAUCUAUAUUCCUAUUUAAAAGGGAAAGGUAUUCUCGUCUUUAGGGAUGACGAAUCACUCGAGCGAGGAACAUACAUUUCUCAAGAGCUUAUGCAAGCAAUUCAAGAAUCCCGAUACGCCAUUGUCAUUUUUUCAAAAAAUUAUGCUUUUUCGAAAUGGUGCCUCAGGGAACUUGCCGAGAUCGUUGAAUGGGAGGAAAAGAAGGAUCUCACAAUUAUUCCUAUUUUCUACCAUGUGGAUCCUUCCCAUGUAAGAAAACAAAGAGGGACUUUUGCAGAAGCUUUCGCCGCACAUGAAAAAGAUCCCAUGGUAGACAUCGAAGAGAGUAAUACUUGGAGAAAUGCUUGCACAAAAGUCGGUUAUAUUAAGGGAGAGCACAUAAAUGGGGACAGGUACGAGUCAACAAUUAUACAACAAAUCAGUGAAAUGAUAUUCUACAAUUAUACAAUGCCAAAUAGUCUAAUUCAUGAUAACCAGAAAAUUGUUGGAAUAAACUCCCGUGUAAAGGAAAUGAUCAGCUUAUUGCAUAUGGAAUCGAAUGAUGUUCGCUUCAUUGGAAUACAUGGGAUGGGUGGCGUUGGUAAAACAACGCUGGUGGAAAUAAUUUAUGAUAGAUUUUCUUGUCGAUUCGAAGGAUGCAGCUUUAUUUCUUGUACUAGAGAAAGAUCUACUACUGCUCCUGAUCUAGCUUCUUUACAAAAAAAACUUCUUUCUAAGAUCAUGCCAAAAGAAAUAGAUGUAUGGGAUGAUCGCGACGGAAUCAAGUUGAUGAGAAACAGGUUGCGGUAUAAAAAGGUUCUUAUCAUCCUUGAUGAUGUGGAUUGUGAAAAGCUACUGUCGGCAUUAGCAGGGGAUCGGCAAUGGUUUGGUCCAGGGAGUAGGGUGAUUAUAACAUGCAGAGAUAGUCAUCUGUUGAUAACACAUGGUGUGAAUGAUAUCUAUAACGUUGAGCUGCUUGGAACCGCCGAUGCUUUGCAGCUAUUUAGUUGGUCAGCCUUCAACAAAAACCAUCCUCCAGAUAAUUACAAGUAUCUAUCUAUGGAUUUUGUGAAAUAUACUGGAGGCCUUCCUUUAGCUCUUAAAGUUUUGGGUUCCUUCUUAGUUGGGAGAACAUUAGAUUCAUGGAAAAGUGCUAGGGAUGAACUAGAAGCAAAUCCUAAAAAAGAAAUUUUUGAUACUCUUAAAAAAAGUUGUGAUUGGCUGGAGGAAUCGCAGAAAAAAUUGUUUUUGGAUCUGGCAUGUUUAUUUUUGAUAUGGCCUUUUAACCGCAACGAUUUGAAGGAAAUAUAUCCGGCCAUCGACUUUGAGGUUCUCGCCGACAAGUGCCUCCUAAGCAAAUCAGAUUAUGAUAAAGGGUACUUGAACAUGCAUGAUUUGCUAGCAAAAAUGGGCCGGGAAAUAGUUUAUGAUAAAGGGUACUUGAAGAUGCAUGAUUUGCUAGCAAAAGUGGGCCAGGAAAUAGUUCUUCGCGAAGAUCCUGUAGAACCUGGACGACGUAGUAGGCUGUGUUGUAAGGAGGAUGUCCUUCACGUGCUGGAGAACGAUUCUGGAACUAAAGCAAUUGAAGUCAUAUGCCUCUAUGAUCUUGCUGGACGAGCGAAACCAUUCAAUAUUAAAGCCAAAGCAUUCAAUAUUAAAGCCAAAGCAUUCUCAGAGAUGAAAAAUUUGAGAUUUCUUUAUUUCUGUCUUUCUCCAUCAUAUAUAAACUGGCCUGGAUAUCCUUUAGAAUGCAUGCCAAGCGCAUAUAUAAAGUGGGAUGGAGAUCCUUUACAAGACGUGCCAAGCGAUAAGUUGCAAUUACUAGACUGGGAGAGUUGUCCUUCGACAUCCUGGCCGGACGGUUUCCGGCCAAAAGGUCUUAUUAUACUAAGAAUGCAUCACAGCCGCUUCGAACGACUGUGGGAGGGAUUGAUGGUUUUAGACAAUUUGAAGAGCAUAGAUCUGAGUUUUUCUCAUAGUUUGGUUAAAAUGCCAAAUUUGAGUGGAGUCCCAAACCUUGAGAAAAUAAACCUGACAGGGUGUAAUAGCUUGCGUGAGGUCCAUCCAUCCAUCGGAACUCUCAGACGAUUACAAGAAUUACAAAUGUCUGGCACCAAAAUCAAACAAUUAUGGAAGGGGACGACGUUGGUGGUUUUAGACAAAUUGAAAUAUUUAGAUGUGAGUGAAUCUGAUGAAUUGAUUGAAACACCAAAUUUGAGUCAAGCUCCAAAUCUUGAGAACAUAUAUUUUUCAGAUUGUAAGAACUUGUGUAAUGUCCAUCCAUCCAUCAAAUUUCUCAGAGGACUAAAACAUUUGAGUUUAAACGGAUGUCCAAGACUUGAGUAUUUCCCGACUACUCUGGGAGAUAUGAUAUCUAGAUCUCUAGAGAACUUGAGUUUACCAUCAUCGGAAGUCUCAAUUUUUCCGAAUGUUAUUUAUAGUUUUUCAUCUCUUGAAAGUCUCUGGUUGGAUGGUUGGCCAAGAUUAGAGAAAUUGCCAGAACUGAGUAAGUUGGAAUGUUUGAAGGAAUUUAAGGCAUAUGAAACUUCUAUAUCACAAAUACCAUCUAUCAAUCUAAUCCCCAAGAGCAUCCGUUGCUUUGAACUCGAAGGAGGAAAGAGGAUGCCACGUGAAUCAAGAGACUUGGUUAUGUUCAAUAAUGACUGCUCUUUGCCGAAACAAAGCUCAUAUCCCACCAAUCAUGAUAUCGGAUCACCUGUAGAAUAUGAGACAGAAGAAAAGUUUUCGGUGCAAAUUCAUUGUGACUAUGAUGCCUUACGGGUGUCGAUACAAAGGUGUUCAUUGGGAUCUAGAAUCCCGGAGUGGGUCCACAAUAAAAGUAAUGGCUCCUCUCUUUUUUUUGACAUGUGUAAUGGCUCCUCUCUAAAGAUAGAGUCGGAUGGUGAUACAGAGUCGGAUGGUGAUACAGAGUCAGAUAUUCAUUGUGACUAUGACGCCUUACGGGUGUCGAUACAAAGGUGUUCAUUGGGAUCUAGAAUCCCGGAGUGGGUCCACAAUAAAAGUAAUGGCUCCUCUCCUUUUUUUGACAUGUGUAAUGGCUCCUCUCUAAAGAUAGAGUCGGAUGGUGAUAUAGAGUCAGAUGGUGAUACGAUGUCGGUGAUGGGGAUUGCUAUCUUUAUUGUUUGUCAAUUCCAUUCAAUUACUCCGGUUAAUUUAUCCAGAAAUGAAAUGGUGACGUUUCCAAUUUGGUUGGAUGACGAUACUCCAGAAAAUCAUUUUUGCAAAUUUUUGUUUGCACUUUCCACGGACGUCAUUUUGGAUAAGCCAAUUGUAUUAUGUCAGUAUUUAUGGGAUCCGGAAAAUUUGGAUAGCAGGGAAUUGAAGAGUCUGGAUAAACGGAAGAUUUCCACUGCAGCAAAAUUUGAGCAGUUCCACGGUCAUACUUCCAUAAAAGUAGAAGUGAAAGAAUGGGGAUUGCAUUUAGUAUGUCCGGAUGAUGGUGCUCUUGGUUUGGGAUCAGAUUUAGAUUCCUUCGUCAAUUUUAUUAAUUUAGCAUUGGAAAACGAGAAAGGAAGAUUCGAUUAAUCAGGAAUACCUCUUUAAUGCUUAGUCCUUUUGAGUAAUGGCUUGGCAUUGUUUAUUUUGGGAAUAGAAGAUGAUCACCAUUUUGUACCUGAAAUCUCUCAAUUCCAUUGACGAUGUCGAAGUGAUAAUGAAAUCUCAUAUUGAUUAAGGAAAUGCAGACAAUCACUGAACCAGGUUUUCUUCUUUGUCAUGUUUAGGUACGUUAUGCUACCUUUGUGCUUCAUCUUAAACUUACUAUAAAACUUGCAGUAUUUAGUCAUUUCGGCUUCUAUCUAUUUUUAAUAUGAAAAAUAUGGUUAAAUGUUAUGUACAUGGAAGUGAUCAUCACGGAAACUUCAGCUGCCAAAACGUGGGACAAUACUUGACAUGGAAGUGCAGCAUGAUGCGAAAUGAAGAUUCGAUUCAACAGGAGUCCUUUAUAAAAGUUACUUUUUUGUGUUUUGAGUACUGGCUUUGGUAUUGUUUCUUUGGGAAUAGAAGAUGUUAACCAUUUUGUUUACAAGUUAGGAGUCGAAUUUCCAAUUGGUUUGUUUCAACUUGCCUAGCACCAGGAGUAAUAAGUUAAUUAAGGGAGCCAAAAUAUAUUAUUAUAUAAGAGAUUGUAUUUUUUUUUUUUUUUUUGAGAGAGAUUGAGAAAUCAUCAUGUAUAUGAACUGUUUAAUUUUCCUAUCAAUCAGAUUCCAAUUCUGCA